AUGGCUGAGGAGAACCCCUUGCCUCAUACCUCGAUCCUGCAGACCAGUUCGGCUUAUCUACCUGAGUUUACACCGUACCAACCUAACCCUGCUUUGGACCACACCCCCGAGUUCCAGCGACGCACUUGCAAAGACUGCCAAAGACUGAUAUUGGAGCUCCUCGAACAUCCAGCAGGUGACUCUCCAAGUGGAUACGACAACUCUGAAAGUCAUCGUGAUGGGCUUCUGUCCACGUUAGUACACAUUUCAGCCAGUUGCCGCAUAUGCGCCGUUAUUUUCAGCCAGAUUAUAUGCGAUCGCGCUGACAUUCAGCAUGAAUUCACUCAUUAUCACCUUUCUUUGUCACUCAAGAAGAAUAGUUUCUGUGUCAGGCUCACAAAGGAUUCCGAAUUGGCCCAAUCGGAUAAAACCACAACGAAAAACAUCUACGGCGAGUUUGCCCUUUAUCGCAGCGAAUUACCGAAGGAGUUUUCUUGGUUAGAUUAUGGAAUUGUCUAUACACCCACUUGGCACGAAAUUUCGGUUAGUUGUCAACCGUAUCUUGCGUCGCGAGAUUAUCCUUGGCAUGAAAAGGCAAUCGACGAAAUCAAGGCCUGGGUGGAUGCCUGUGAAACGGAACAUGAUCUCUGUCCCCAGCGACACUCUUCGGCGCUCCCUAAACGUGUCCUUCAAAUUGCAAACGAUAACGUUUCUCUCUACGUCUCUGAACGAAAGGAGGUGCAAACUGACGAUCAACGCUACGUCGCUCUGAGUUACCGAUGGGGGAAUGAUCUUCCCUUAAGACUAACAAAGGACACGAUGAGCGACUUCAUUGAAGGGCAGCCCAUCUCAAAGCUGCCACAGACUCUCCAGGAUGCAGUGCGCAUCUCUCGCAAUCUGGGCUUCAAAUUUAUUUGGAUUGACGCCCUCUGCAUCGUUCAGGAUGAUGAAAAUGACUGGGUGGAACAGUCGGCCCUAAUGGCUGACAUAUACCGGCAUAGUAGCCUCAACUUGUGCGCCGCGGAUUCAGCAGGUUGUGGCUCAGGAAUUGUGGAAAUGGCAGCGCCGCACUUGAUGGAAGUUGCUGCUGCAACGACUCAAUCUACGGAUACUGGUUUGAGGGAAACAGUCGUUCUCGUAGGAGGACCCAUCUCCAGGUACGUUAUCGACUGGAGUGGAUGUGGGCUUCUGUCCAGGGGAUGGGUCUUCCAGGAGGGCCUCUGCUCCCCUCGUGGCCUCUAUGUUAGCCGUCGACACGGCUUGUUGUGGGAUUGCGGAACGAUGAUCGAUAUGAUUGACAGCGAUAAGCCGAUACUGACCGGGGAUGCUGAUCAUGCAUUUAACCCACGAAACGAAAGGCGGUCCUUUUUAUCUCUUACGAAACUUCCGAAGCAUGACUCCAUGGCAGUCCGAAACUUCUCUUUCACCUGGUAUGACUGGACGAGUCUCUAUACAUCGAGAUACCUCACGCGAAAAACAGAUCGGCUACCUGCCGUAGCGGGCAUGGCCUCUUAUGUCGCCUCGCUGUCGGGAAUGAAGUAUAAGGCCGGAUUGUGGGAGGAGGACAUUCUAAGGGGAUUGAUGUGGCGUAGAAGCAGUUCGGGUCACGCCAAUCGAGUACCAGGAGGCGCACCUACUUGGAGCUGGGCCUCCAUCAACGGGCCAGUCUGCUACGACGCGUUCUUUACCAUGCUUGUCAACAAACGUGGGAAGAUUGACCAUCAUGCUGAGUUGGACUUCGAGAUUACGGAUACGAUCAUCGAAGAAGAGCAGGCAGGUACAUUUGGGAAUGUACGGCGCGGAGAGAUCAAGGCCUCUGGCGUCUUGAAGCACGCGGCUACUAUGCUGCUGAGGGAACAAUGGGAGCCAAAAUGGGGAUUUGAUAUACAACCUACAGAACCAGAAGCUGACGUCCUCGAACACUGCCAAGUACUGCGACUCGCGAGAGUCUAUCGGGAUAAGCAGUACACCUGCCCGGUUGUCUAUUUUCUGAUCAUCCGGAAAACAGGUCGACGCGAAAAUGAAUACCAGCGCGUCGGCCAAGGGCGUAUCGAGCUAAAAUACGACCAACACCCGAAUCGUUUACGCUUCUCGUUUAGGGAAUGGGAAAGCCCAAGGCUCAAGCCAGGCCCCCCAGAGGAGAAUAUGUGGGGGGAGCCUGAGAAAGUUGCAAUGACUCUUGUUUAA